UAUCAGCUCAAGACGGCAGUUCAAAGUUCGUCUUCCAUAUUUACUUGUUCAUUCAAUUUCAUUUAUUGUACAGGAUAAGUGAGUAUUUUAUACAAAUCGCAAGAAUGGAAACACAGUUCCCGCAAGUUAUUGAUUUAAAUGUUGGGGGUUGCCAUUUUACGAUCAUGUUGACAACGCUCACCAAAUAUCCUGAGAGUAUGCUGGCCGCCAUGUUUAGUGGACGGCAAGUGAUACCACAAGACAAAGAUGGACGCUAUGUGAUCGACUGUGAUGGGAAAGUAUUUGGUCACAUUCUGGAGUUCCUGAGAUUCGGCACUUUGCCACCAAGCGAUGAGGCUGAAGCGGUUCAUCGAUAUUCACUUUACUAUGGACCAAACGAAUUAUCGAAAAGUCUGGAAAGUUUUCAAACAGUCAAAAGUAAAAUUGUGAUAAGCAACAUGGAGCAGCGUUUUCCUGAAUUAAUGAAGUUGGCCUGUAGCGUCAUCGACUGUCUAACAAGAAACGCUGUUCACAAGAAUUCUACGACAGUUGUUGUUAUAACACAGAGCGACAAACCAAAUUAUGAAUAUUAUGGUUUUCGAUCCACCAUAAGAGAAAUGCUUGGCAGACUUCCCACAUUAAAGUGUCUUAGCAUUGAAAUAUUAGCCACCGAACUGAAUUUCGGUGACAGAAUACGAAAUGACGGGAUAUUCUUCCUAACAGCGAAUAGCCUUGAACACCUGGGCUAUGGACAGCAUGUAUUUUAUCUUAUAAAUAGAACUCAUCGUUUGAAUGGUGGUCUAAGUAACGAAACUGAAAUAGGAUGCUUCCUUCUGGAUCCUAACCAGUAUCUAAGCAGCUGUGUCAAUCCACCAUUUCAGAGGCAGCCAAGCUCUAAAACUGAUGAAUACGUUGGAUGACAGACCAAUACGUUCGAAAACUGAACGAUAAUUUCGAAAAAUGAUCGAUAGUUUCGAUAACUGAUCGUUACUUGUAGACUCUCACACCUUGUUCAACUGACAUUUCAAAAAAGAGUCUUAAUUAAAAUUCAACGAAUAUAUGGGAACAUCUAUUUGCUAUGAGAGAUCGUUUAACCUACAACUCAUGAUAUGGGCACAACUGUAUGUUAUUUUUAAAAAGUGUUUUGUGGAUAUAGUUAUUCAAUGUGUAUAGUUAUUCAAAGUAGUGGGUGUUACUCAAUACUUAAUUGACCUUUCCAAAUGUGGGCCCUAUUGACAUUGUUAACAAAAUGUGUUAAACGAAAUCAGCAUAAGUUACUUAUAGGGAAUCAGAAUGGUGAACCACUUUCAAGGAAGUCUCUUUUUAACGAAAAUCCAAUUUAGGCGUAAAGUGUUAUCCCUGAUUAGCCUGUGUGGUCUGCAACGACUAAUCUAUUAGGACACUGUACGCACAUGCAUUAAACCCCAUUUUAUCCAGAGCAAGGUAUAUUUACAUUCAUUCUUCUGCUAGACAAGUGUUUAAUCUUUGGGUCGUUUUAGAUGUUUAACCCUGUGAAUAAUUGUAUAUAUUUAGCACUUGUUAACAAGAUAUACAAUAUGACAUAUUAAACCAUCAACUAUUACUGAUAUGAGAUAAACGACGACGCGUGUAUGUUUUGCGAGGUUUGGAUGGACUUUAAACCCGUUGAAACACAUACUGCGAUUCAUAACAGUGAACGUUUCAAUUCGCCUGUGCAUGUUGAGUGUUGUGUUAGAUGUAUAAUUAACAUGAUUUCAUUUUAUAUUUGAAAUAAUUAUUAUUUAAAAAUAGCAUCAAAUUAAAUUUUAAUAAUCACUAUUUUUAUAUAAACUUGCAUGUUAAAUGCUUUUUUUUUAAUCAAACCUUAAAAUCCACAUAACGUAAUACAAUCUUUUUCAUGUCUAUGAUAGUUACCCAAAAUACAGAAACAUCACUCUUUA